AUGGUGUUAAGACUAUUCAUUUGUUUAUAUGUGAUUGUUUUAUACUUUACACUACAAAUGAUUAUUGUUGAAUGCAAUGUCAAUUUGGCAGACAAUGCCAAUGAAAAUAAUUUAAAAGAACCAACAUUUUGGUUAUUACAAGAAACUAAAAACUAUCUCUAUUUUGAAUGGACACCAUUUAAUCAAUUAAAAAGUGAUGCAUUAAAAUUAAAUUUAAAAAAAUAUGAUAUAACAAGACAAUUAAAAAUUGAUGAAACUGCAUCUACAUUACAAACUAUUGGUACAUCAUGUAUAAAUGAAGAGUAUACUAUUACAAGUCAUGUUUUAUAUGUUGGGUUUUUUGAUCAGACAAUAUCAGAAAGAAAAUUAAAUUAUAAACGAGUUUUCAGAGUGCAAAGUACAACAAUCGAAAUGAGAAAUGAAAAGCCCGCAUAUAUAACAUGGAAAUUAAACGAAAAAAUCUGCAAUCAAUAUGAUGAAAUAGUGAUUUUUAAAAAAGAUUCAUCAGGAUUUCAUCGAAUGCAUAUUGUCUCUGUCAAUGAAAGAGAAUUUUAUUUUGAUGAAAUAUUACAAGACCAAGAAGAGAUUAUCAUUACAAGUUAUCAUGACAAAAUGUUUGGUUUAUCUGAAUUAGGUAAGUCUAUUGAAGUGACUUUAAUAACCAAAAAUCAAUCAAAAAAUUUGAACGUUACAAAGAAACAUGUUACAGAAAAAAGUAAUACUGGUCAUUUGAAUACGGCAGGAGCUCACUUCACCUGGAAAAUAAUGAGGACUACAAAGCGUUUGAUAUUCCAACAGAUCUGUGGGAGAAACAUCAUGGUUUCAAUAAUAAAAUUUCUACUUUACAUCAUCUUUAUAGUAAAAAGUUGGAUAUCUGUUAUAUUGUAGUGAACAAAAACAUGGGUGGGGACAAUGGAAUGUAUUACAGAGUUACUUGGUAAAAUAGAAAAACCAUAUAUUAAAUCGUUAAUUUGUUCCUGUUGUAAACAUCAAUCCAUUGUUUCACAUUUCAUUGUUCAUAAGUUUUCAUAUAAAUUAUAUUGUGCUCUAGCUCUUCCUUUUCUAAUCUUCUGCUCCCAGACAUUACAUUCCUGACUUACGUCAUAUACUACUUAUAAUAUUAUAAGUAACACACACCACAGCUUCAUUACUAUUAUCACUAAUUAAUUUGCUGAAAUUACUUUUAACAUUUCUGGCUUUCUAUUUUCCUUUCUUUAUUUUAGAGGAAUUGGGAUGAUUUAUCUUGUGAUAUUUAUUUGCAUUUGUAUAUGUAUAUACUUUACAAUCAAAUAUUAAAUGAAAUUAGUGUUUCCCAAUUAUGUAUGACAAAAUGUCUUCUUGUACACAAAUGAAUAAAACCAUUGUAUA